AUGGCAGUGUACUAUAAAUUUAAAAGUGCAAAGGAUUACGAUUCGGUUAUGAUUGAUGGGCACUUUAUUUCCGUUGGACACUUGAAAGAAAAAAUAUUUGAAUCAAAGCAUUUGGGCAAGGGUACUGAUUUUGACCUCCUUAUCACCAACGCCCAGACUAAUGAAGAGUAUCUUGAUGAGGGGAUGUUAAUUCCCAAAAAUACUUCAGUUUUAAUACGCCGAGUUCCUGGACGGCCUCGCAUGCCCAUAGUUACUGCACCGGUUACUAAACUGGAAGAGUCAAAGGUGGAAAAUAAUUCCGAGGAUGUUCGAGCUGUAAAAAUUGGCUUUGCUGGAUUGGAUCCAUCUGCUGUGAAAUAUGCUGAGGAUUUUGAAUGGGAUGAAUUUGGAAAUGAUCUAUAUGCGAUUCCUGAAACGCUGCCCGUACAGUCUAGCAAUCCAGUUCAGGAUGCUCCACCUACCAGCAAAGAGGACGAGGAUAUGAAGAUCAAGGCUUUGAUUGACACUCCAACUUUAGAUUGGCAGCGUCAAUCUUCUGAUGGCUUUGGUCCUGGUAGAGGUUUUGGACGGGGCAUGGGUGGAAGAAUGAUGGGUGGCCGUGGUUUUGGACGAGGCAUAUUGGAUCGGAAAACACCACCACAAGGCUAUAUAUGUCACAGGUGCAAGGUACCUGGGCAUUUUAUUCAGCACUGCCCAACAAAUGGGGAUCCUAAUUUUGACAUCAAAAGGGUGAAACCUCCUACUGGAAUUCCAAAGUCUAUGUUAAUGGCUACUCCAGAUGGUUCUUAUGCAUUACCUAGUGGGGCUGUUGCAGUUUUGAAGCCAAACGAGGCUGCCUUUGAGAAAGAGAUUGAAGGAAUGCCAUCAACGCGUUCUGUUGGUGAUCUUCCACCAGAACUACAUUGCCCCUUGUGUAAAGAAGUAAUGAAAGAUGCUGUGCUUACGAGCAAGUGUUGUUUUAAAAGCUUUUGUGAUAAAUGUAUAAGGGAUCACAUCAUUUCUAAAUCAAUGUGUGUCUGUGGAGCCACAAAUAUUCUUGCGGAUGAUCUUUUGCCCAACAAGACAGUAAGGGAAACUAUUCACAGAAUUUUAGAGUCCAAUAAUAGCAGUGGUGAAAAUGGUGGGAGUGUAUUUCAAGUCCAAGACAUGGAGUCACGGAAUCCACAGGCUAUGGCUCCAUCCCCCACACAAUCUGCUGCCUCGAAAGGACAGCAAGUGCCUGCAUUGCCGCCUGAAAAGGAAGAGACCUCAAAAAUUGCAGAAACUGUUGAAGAGGGCAAAGCUGUGAAUGCUCCACAGAAUCAGGAGGAAGCGAGAAUAAAAGUACCGGACAUUUCAGAAGCUACACAUGGGUCAUUAAAUGUUAAGGAACAAGCAUCCCCUGGACGUCGUCCAUUGGCUGAUGAAGAAGCGCAGGAGAAGCCAGUGUCUGGGGAGGCAGGAAAGAAGAAGAAAAAGAAGAAAAUUCGUAUGCCUCCUAAUGCAGCAGAUAUGCAGUGGGCUGGCCAGGACGUUGCAGCAGAGAAUUAUAUGAUGCCUUUCGGCCCUUCCGCUUUUAAUCCAUACUGGACAGGCAUGCAACCUGGAAUGGAUGGGUUCAUGCCUCCGUAUAAUGGUCAUAUGCCCUAUAUGGGUUAUGGGCUCGGUCCUAUGGAUGUUGCAUUUGGCGGUGUCAUGCCACAGGAUCCAUUUGGAGGACCAGGGUUUAUGAUGCCAUAUGGUGGCCAGCCUCAGAGGGACCUUGCAGAUUUAGCAAUGGGAUUCAAUGCUCGACCACCACCUGGUCCACCCGUAAUGUCCAGAGAGGAAUUUGAAGCUCGCAAAGCGGAUUUGAAGAGGAAGCGUGAAAUGGAUGGACGUGUUGAUAGGGAGUCAUCUAAAGACCGUGAAUAUGGUAGAGAAGGAAGGAGCAACGCGGGCAACGUUUCUGCACUGAAAUCCAAAUCAAAGUCUAUACACCCUCCAUCAAGCUCCGACCAACACCGCCUCUAUGGCCACUCAUCCGACAGACAUUCCCCUAAUCGUCACUCCCGCGAUCCUGAGGUACCUCGCCCUUCAUCCAAGAGGAAAUCAUCUGAGCACUAUGAGGAGAUUGAGGACAAGCAACAUCGUCGUGACUAUCAUGAUGAUCACCGCCACAGCGAUCGUCGCCAUCACCCCCAUUCAUCCACUGCCAAGGCAUUGGAUGAUCGCCACAGUUGGUCUGAGUUGUCCACUGCCAAGGCAUCUCCAGAGCCACCCGUGGCACGACCCAAGUCCACCACCUCCACAGCUGACAAGAAGCAAAAGGCCAGUGUCUUCUCUCGCAUUAGCUUCCCUGGAGAUGACUCAACACCCACUAAGAAAAGGAAACUUUCUUCUUCCUCUGCUGAUGCGCCGGUCAGUGCCUCGUCGAAUCACCACCGUGCAUCAGCAUCUAAUGGAUACCAUGAAGAGCACAAGGGGCCUGUAUCGGGUUCAAGGAAGACGGCAGCAACAGCUGCUUCCGCCAGUGCUGUAGAUUAUGAGAGCAGUGAUGAUGAUAGGCAUUUCAAGAGAAGGCCGUCAAAGUACACCUCGUCUCCACCGCUAGCCACGGAGAGGGACGAGGAGGAGCCUCGGCGCUCCAAAGGUUCAAGGGAGAAGGAGCGUGGAAGGGAUCGUGCAAGCUAUAACAAGCAUAAAUGA